UGAUGUCACAGGUUGCUGCUCGCCAACCGCCAACCUGCCCAAGUCUUGCCGUGAACCUUGAGAACCAAGUAUGACGUAGUAGUCGUACACAAGAGCCACUCGAUCCUUCCCAUUUGAUACCAAUUGUAGCUGCUGCCACACAGGAGAUCGGUCGUGUAUAUAAUCCUCUUCCUCCCGCUGCUCAGAAGUUCUCUUUUUCUCCCCAUCAUCCACUCAACAAAUCAAACCACAAAAAUCACUUCACACAACUUCACACAAAUCCAUCUCGAUCUUUGAUCAACCCAACGAAUUAAUUCAUCAUGGACACCAUCAAGAACGCCGGCAACUUCGUCUCCGACAAGCUCCAGGGCAAGUCGCACGAGGCUUCCAAGGAGGCCAACAAGGAGACCGCUAAGAGCUCCGAGGCUGGUGUCGGCACUCGUCUCCAGGCUGCUGGUGACGCCGUCUCCGACAAGGCCAAGCAGCACGGCCAUGAAAGCUCGGCCGAGGCCCACAAGCAGGCCGCCACCCACUAAGCAGCGACUCUCCAUCAAUUCUCCGCCUGCCAUCAUGACGUGACGACAAUUUCACAUCAACUUCUUCAUGGAGCCCGAUAAUGGCUUGGCUUGGAAGCGCGUUGCUAAGGGAUGGGGUUUUCUUUGUCGGUCCUGAGAUUUCGGUUCAUGGAGAGGAGGAUGAGGAUGACAUACAAUACCCCUUUGCUCUGAGUAGCUAGACAAUCCACCUCAUAACCAACACAAACUGGUGCAUCUUUGUGAUCUGGGCUUGCAGUGUUCCAAAUAUGCUAUGUACAAUCAUGGACAUUAACACCCACCUACUGUACAAGUACCUGCAUCAAAUUGAUGAAGCAAACCC